CCGAACCGGCUGCCACAACAAAGGAGCCAAGCCCCAAGCCUCCGCAUCCCCUGUCAUCGAGCCCCAUUCCAGAAUGUCACUUUCACUUGGACCGUUCCACAGAAAUGUCCCACAAAAGAUUCUAUGUGCGUUUGGAGCUACAGCUGCAUGCGCUGACCUGUCCGGGCGUGUGGCUGUGCUCGCACGGCUAUCUGGAGGUCACCAUCAAGACCCUGGGCUACUACUUCCGCACCGGAGCGAUGGAGCCACGCUUCCCGAUGCUGUGCCACGACCAGUUCAAAAUGGAGGGCUACUUCAAGAGCGUGGGCUCUCUGGAGGAGAUGCACGAGUUGCUGAGGGCGGAGCAGCUGCAGAUCACCAUCUGGCAGAAUGGUCGUAGGUUGGCCUACUUCUUGGGGUCCCUCUCGGACGUGAUGCAGCCCACAGUGCCGCGAUUGAGUUGUGCCCACAGCUCCAAUGUGCAGCUGCUAAUGAAGGCAACGCCUGCGUUUCCGGGCAUCCUGGCGCCCAAGGUAGAGCUGUCGGCGCAAAUGACCACACAGGACCGACAGAAGGGAUGCAGCUGCUCCAGCCUGAACUCCAGAAGACGUCCCAAAGAGGACUGGCGUCCUCCUGUCAAUCGUCAUGUGGAGAGCCGUUGCACGAGUCGAGUGGAGCAGCCGCGCAAGCAACAGACCGUUUGCCAUGCCAAGAAAUCGAACUGUGGCCACGGCGCCUGCAGCUAUUCGGGGAGUGCAUCGCCAGAGCAGCAGCAGCAGCAGCAGCAGAACAGGCGGCGACUCUCCACCUGUUCCAGCAGUACGCAGAUUAGCAGCGUGAGCCAGAGCUCCUCUUUGACACACGGCAGCCACUCGUUCUGCUGCAGCAGCAGCGAUCCUGCAGAUGAUCACGAGAGCAGCUGCGACAUUUGCCAAGCCUACAGACGCAUCUUUUCCGCUUAUUAAACAUUCACAUAGUA